AUGUUUUCCAAUGAAAACUUAAGGUCUGAUUUGGAUGAUAAAAAGCAAUCUGAAACAUGGAAUUUACAAACGUGUGGAUUUCCACCGGCACCGCCUUUGAGAUCCUCUAGUACUAUUAAGCGAAACCUAGCUUCCAGUGCUCCUUUGAAACCUCUUCCCCUGCCCCCUCGUAAACCUUCAAAGAAAGGAGUGAAACUCUUCCAACUUUCCCGAAAUUCAAUGGAUCCAAAGAUUUCUUUUCCAACUAACGUUAGUCAUGAACUCCAUGUCGUAUUUGACGCUCAAACUGGCGAAUUUAAAGUAAGCCUACUACAAUUUGUUUCUUUUUAUUAA